CAAGACGCAUGCGCACUUACGCCAUACAGACACACACGUGAGUCAGAGUUCAGCACAGCACAGCGGCAGAGAGAACGCUCACACAACAGGACCUGCCAUGGAUGUCUGUGCAUUGUCAAAAGGCAAAAAAUUGGUUCACUUGGAUUUAAAAGGCGCACCUCCCAGAAUUAACUACUUAUAUGAGCUGAUCCAGCUUUUUGCUGAUCUUGGUGCAAAUGGCAUCCUUAUUGAGUAUGAGGAUAUGUUUCCGUAUGAAGGAGAGCUGAAGAUUCUUCAGUCAAAAUCUCACACACCGUACAGCCGUGAAGAAAUUACUGCCAUUCAAGAUCUUGCUUAUUCCCGAGGGUUGGAGAUCAUUCCUCUGGUGCAGACAUUUGGACACCUUGAGUUUGUACUGAAGCAUAGCACCUUUAGCAAGUUGCGAGAAGUAAGCUACUGCCUGGGGACCUUGAACCCACAUAGCCAGCAAGGACUCACUCUUAUACUGGAGAUGCUGCAUCAAGUUAUGAGGCUUCAUCCAAGGAGCACUGUUCUGCAUAUCGGGGCAGAUGAGGUAUACAUGCUGGGUCAAGGAGAGGAGUCUAAAGAGUGGUUAAGCGUUCCAGGUCACACUAUUGAUAAGCUGUUCCUCAGUCAUGCCACUAAGGUGGCAAAAGGCAUUAGGGAGACUUACCCCAGCCUCAGCGUGAUAAUGUGGGACGACAUGCUGAGGAACAUGACCUCUGACACCAUUAAAGAUAGUGGUUUAAUCGGACUAGUGCAGCCCAUGCUGUGGGACUACAGCCCUGAUCUGGAUGUGGCCCACAGUAUUAUGCUAAUGGAGAAAUACAAUGCCGCUGGUUUAACCCAACAGUGGAUUGCGAGUUCUUUCAAAGGCUCCACUGCUGUAUACACUUGCGUAACCAGUACACAAAGGCAUGUGGACAAUCAUGUUCAGUGGUUAAAAGUGAUAUCUGGUCUUUCACCUGGCGUUGACCUAAAGGGCAUUGCACUUACUGGCUGGCAAAGAUAUGACCACCUGUCUGUUUUGUGUGAAUUGAUGCCCCUUGGCUUGCACUCUCUUGCCUCGUGUCUGCAGACUCUACAACAUGGAAGCUUUACUCAGGAAGCUCAGCACAAGGUGAUGGAAGCACUUGGCACAGGCACAACUGAAGUUGGAGAUGUAGAGAGUUUGUCUCAAGGUUGCUCCCGCUUGUAUACUGGCAUGAAACUAGCUGAACUCAUUGUACAGCUGACCGCAAUGCUCGAGUCUGAAGAUCUCAGACACUUUGAGAGCAAUAUGUAUGUGAGAGGCUGGUUCUCCCCUUAUCACAGACAGCAAAAGACUGCCAACCCACUUUUUGCACAACAAAUUCAGAAACAGGCACAAAUGAUCGUGGAAACAGUCGAGUUAAAGGUGCAGGAGGUGAGGCAGGAGAUGAACCUGCUUUACCCAGACUUAACAGUGGAGGAAUGGGUUACUCAGCAUGUCACUCCAGUACUGAAGCCCAUUCAAGAUUUACUGAUGGAUAUCCAAACUGUCUUGGAGGACAUGGGAGUAUGUUAGUGAAUCUCAAAGUGGACUCAGUUUCAUUUGAAAGGGAAAAAAACCCCGUAUCUGCUGUUUGAAAGCAGAGAAAAUAAAGAACACAGCUGCUGUUUGCUAAUGUCUCAUCUCAUCUCAUUAUCUCUAGCCGCUUUAUCCUUCUACAGGGUCGCAGGCAAGCUGGAGCCAGACAUAGACAACCAUUCACACUCACAUUCACACCUACGGUCAAUUUAGAGUCACCAGUUAACCUAACCUGCAUGUCUUUGGACUGUGGGGGAAACCGGAGCACCCGGAGGAAACCCACGCAGACACGGGGAGAACAUGCAAACUCCACACAGAAAGGCCCUCGCCGGCCCCGGGGCUCGAACCCGGACCUUCUUGCUGUGAGGCGACAGCGCUAACCACUACACCACCGUGCCGCCUGUUUGCUAAUGUUUUAUGCCAUAUUGCAUAGAUGUGUAUAAACUGAUGUAAAUGCAUUACAUAAAUGUUGAAUGUUUUAAUGUGUAUAAUUUGAACUUAAGUUUAUGGUGGUUAUUUGUUGAGGUUGCUGGUUCUCAUCCAAGCUGCGGUUUGUCUUCUGCUAUUAAAAACUAAUUAAUAUUCACCUUCAA